CGUUUUUCAGCCCCGUGCUAUGAGCUUACGUGCGUGCGCGAGAUAUAAAGAGGUUUUUCUUCUAUGAAGCCAGUUAGCCAACGAACCGGGUUAGCCGGUAUUCAUGGGCGACCGUUUCUAACGUUCGCGGCCGGAAAGAAGGCAUGGAGAUCGGUCACAGAGAACAUCUUCGAUCGCACGAUGAAAGAGUGGUACAUAAUAAGAGAAACCACAUGCAUUCUUUACAACCCGUCGAUGCAACGAGAUUUAAGAUUUACAGGAUGCUGUAUCGGGAGAUCGUUAUUGGAAUUUACCGCUCCAGGCGUUUACAGGUGCUUCUAUGGUUCUGACGGUGACUGUUAUCGAAAUUUAUGUUCAGAUACGAAGUACAUUAUGGAACAUGCGCAGUUUCGUGAUUACUAAAAGUAGUCGGUGGCCUUAG